CUCGACUCAUCUUUAGUCAAACAGAGUCAUUACUAGUCAAGUGUCUGUUGAGGAUGUUUCACUCACAGUCUUCGCUGCCUUUCCUCGUGUCCUCCUGGGACUGACGUAUCCGCUCUCCAUCACUCAUUAUCACACCGGUGGAAGUGUGUGUGUGUGUGUGUGUGUGUGUGUCCUGUAGAGACGCUCACAUCACACACACACACACACUUGCGUCGGUGCAGAGAAACAGGACAGGUAAAUGGAUCCAAUGCAGCCCGUUCAGAGCUGCCCAAUGCCCAAAGAACAUACUGGAGUUCUAGGACUCCACAAACCACCAGUUCCAGCCCUGCUUGGAAACCCUUGCAAAAUGCCUGCAUCCUCACACUGCCAUACGUUCAUGAAUGGAAAGCCACCAGUGUUGGGACAGACCCUGGCACUGCAGACAAACCCAGCCGUUCAGGAGAGAACCAGACCAGACUCCACUGCACAAUCCACAAAAUGCAUCAGUAUCAGUCGACCCAGGCCUACGGCACUGGGCACCAAGACAUCAAUCAAAGUCUCCAGACCCACUGAGUCUCCAUUGCAGUUUAAAGCUACGGGAAUGCCCAAUUUCCUGUCGUACUCCCCAACCGAGUCACCAUUGCCUUAUUGCAGCCCUCAAAACACGCUGAGCCCCACUUCUCAACUUGGUUUCAACCCCCCAACACUUCCAAGCCCUCCAUCACAGACUGUCCGUGCUAACACACACAAUAACCUAAUCGCCAGACCAAUCCUCAACCCAAACCCCAGCCCCCCGUCUAGCCCCGUUCCUCAACCGAUUCCAAGUCCCGAAGCACAUGUGCCAAACACAGGAGACACUACUGAGAAGAAGUUGAACAAGACCAUCAGCGAAGAGGGGGAUUUCAGAGUGCAUAUUGUCACAUGGAAUGUAGGCUCUGGUAUACCACCUGAUGACCUAACUUCCUUGUUUGGACCUGGUGUUGAAAAUGGGAGCACUGACAUGGUGGUUGUCGGACUGCAGGAAGUAAACUCUAUGAUUAACAAGCGGCUCAAAGAUGCUCUCUUCAUAGACCAAUGGAGUGAGCUCUGCAUGGACACACUCAGUCGUUUUGGAUACGUGUUGGUGGCAUCUCAGAGGAUGCAGGGGGUUUUCUUACUGGUGUUUUCCAAAUUCUGCCACCUUCCCUUCCUCAGAGGAGUACAAACCCAAAGCACACGCACUGGGUUGGGAGGCUGCUGGGGGAAUAAAGGGGGUGUAAGUGCACGCAUGAUGGUUUUCGGACACCCUGUGUGCUUCCUCAACUGCCACCUGCCGGCUCACAUGCGUAAUCUGGAGCAGCGGAUGGAGGACUUUGAAAGCAUCCUGCAGCAGCAGCAGUUCGAGGGCGGCACGGCUGUGGGUGUGCUGGAUCACGAUGUGGUGUUCUGGUUCGGUGAUCUGAACUUCCGAAUCGAAGGUUAUGACAUUCACGUGGUGAAAAGUGCAAUUGAGAAUGACAAACUGCCUCUACUAUGGGAAAAAGAUCAGCUCAACAUGGCGAAAAAAAGCGAAUCCGUUCUGGAGGGGUUUAUAGAAGGACCCCUCAAUUUCCCACCAACUUACAAGUUUGAUGUGGGGACACAUACUUAUGACACAAGUGCAAAAAAGAGGAAGCCUGCGUGGACGGAUCGCAUCUUGUGGCGUCUGCGCAGGACGGGCUCCCCCGUGCCGUCCCAUAAUUCUGCACUACAGCGGGGUUUGACCUCAUGGCUGGGCGGUGCCACCAGAGUUUCCCAGCACUACUACCGCAGUCAUAUGGGCUUCACUAUUAGUGAUCACAAGCCGGUGUCCGCCCUCUUCUCUUUGCAUUUUCCCUUUAAGGUGAACUUACCAUUAGUGACACUGGAAGUGGAGAAGGAAUGGACCAAGUUCUCUGAUGCUACAGUUAAACUCUCAAUGGCCCAUGGCUUUCAGAGGAGUUCAUGGGACUGGGUGGGACUGUACAAGGUGGGAUUUAAGCACCACAAGGAUUACGCUGCAUAUCUAUGGGCCAAAUCUGAACAUUCGACACAGGUGACGUUUUCUGAGGAGGAUCUGCCAAGAGACCCGGGAGAAUAUAUUCUGGGAUAUUACAGUAAUAACACCAACAGCAUCGUAGGAGUGACAGAACCAUUUCAGGUGCAGCUGCCCAUGUCCACGCCGCCGGCACCAGCAUGUCGUUCGCGCUCUGACAGUUCUGACGUCAGCUCUGAAGAUGACAGUACGCUGGUGCUGUUGGCCCCCAUCUCUCGUAGCCCCAGCCCUGGAAACCACAGCAGCAAACGCCAUCACCAGAAGCGACAGCGCAGCCGCAGCCCCGCCGUACCGGCGCUCUCCGGGACACCUCUUCCCUCCCUGCAGUCUCUCAGCCUGUGCCCACGUCCCCGCGACGGCCCAGCACGGAGCUCCUCCCCGCGCCCUUCGGCCAACGCCAAGAAAGAGCGUCUGGUUUCUCCAGACACAUUAACUUCGCCCUCCCUCAGUCCUCUCAGUCCACGGAGCCCAGUGUCCCCCGUCAGUGCUCCAGAGGCUCUGAUAGCAGCCAUUUUAGGAGAGCCCAGGCCUCCUCAGAUCGGAAAAGCAGGCGAUGUGAUUCUCUGACCAAUCCCCCCUUCACUGUCGCUUCAUUACUAGACUUUAGCAGAUAUCGUAAUGCAACUACUUGAGAGAAACGGCCUGUGGCGCCUUUCAGACCUACAGCUGUUUGUGCUCUCAUGCCUUGUUGUGCUUAAUCGCUUCACAAACUUAUUCUCAGUUCUCAGUGAUAGAUUGUAAAUGGUGACAGUACAACAGUGCACAUCAGCCUUAUAGUGCAGGACAACCUGACCCAAGGUAAAACUGUCCUUUUACCGUAGAAUCAAAGCAAACAGUGAUGUCAGCAUUCAUCUCAGCCUUCACUCUUAACUAGUCAUUGACCAGGCUUUAAUGGCCGAUGUC